AUGACGGUCAAUCAUAAUCAGGCUAUGUAUGCUGGCCCAUCACUCAAUCAGAAGAUAACGUCUGCAAUGCUUCAUUUGAGAUUCGGAUCUAAAUUACUGAUCUUCGAUAUUAAGAAAGCAUUCAAUCAAAUAGCACUCAGUGAGCUUGAUCAGCAGAAGUUACUCUUUUUGUGGUAUAAGAAUGUUAAGAAAGGGGAUUUCUCUAUAAUUGCCUACAAAAAUGUUCGUCUUCCUUUUGGACUUCGAUGCAGUCCUACAAUUUUGAUGUUGGCUCUUUUCAAAAUUUUAGUACUGGAUAGCAAGAAUGAUAAUCCUAGACUAAGAAAUGCAAAAUGGAUAAUGUAUCAGCUCUUCUAUAUGGACAAUGGUGGAUUUACUUGUGAAUCAUCCGAAACCUUGAAUUGGAUGUAUGAGAUUUUACAGGAUGUUUUUAGUCCUUACAAAAUUGAACUACAGCAGAUGUUUUCUAAUGAUUAUACACUACAAGAUAAAAUUGAUGGAGAAAAUAUGCAAUCGGAUGUAGGAUGCAAGAAAUCUGAGAUGGAGGUGAAAUUACUUGGGAUGAUCUGGAAUCGUAGGAGUGAUACAAUUUCAAACAGGAGCUUGUGCCUUGAUGAGAAGGCUACUACAAAGAGGGAAAUUUUGCGAUCCAUUGCAUCUAAUUAUGAUGUUUUCAACAUAAAUGGUCCUCUUCUUAACAGAGCUAGACUUUUUAUGCAGGACUUACAAUGUGAGAGAACGCUCGGAUGGGAUGCACAACUCAGAGACUUUCAACAAAAGGAAUGGAGAAAUAUUGCAAAUCAAGUAAAUUCUGGUCCUGUUUUUGAGCUUCAGAGAUGUGUUGGUGAAAGGACAGAUGAAUAUAAACUUGAGGCUUAUGUUGAUGCUAGCAAAAGAAUUUAUGGAGUUGUUGUAUAUUUAUGCAAUAUGAGAAGUGGUGAAAGAAGCUUUGUAUUAGCGAAAAACAGACUCAUUGGACCCAAAUUGCAUGAAAAGUCCAUUCCUUCACUCGAAUUACAGGCUAUUUGUUUGGGUACAGAGGUUUUGUUGGAUACCUAUAAUGAACUGAGUGGCACACAGUGCCUGGUGCCCAUCAAAAUAGUUGACUUGGAGCUAUUCUCAGAUAGUUUUGUUGCCCUGUCGUGGCUUAAGUCCUUUUCUCAUAAGUUUGAUAAAAUGCAGAAAAGGUCAGUGUUCGUAAUGAACAAACUGAAUCAUAUAACAAAGCUAUGUGAGGGGAGAAGUGUUGGAUUCUCAUUCGUGAGUGGAAUGGACAACCCAGCUGAUAAAAUUACACGAUGUCUGUCAUUCAAAAGUUUAAUGAAGUCUAAUUACCAUAAGGGUCCCAAUAUACGUGAUCUCGAUCAAGCUAGUAAAAGUGACAUUUUAGGUUUUAAGAUACCAAUGGUCGAGAAUUUAGAAACCAUUGAGGCAUAUAGUGCAUCAACCAGUGUAAAAGAAAGCCAAACUGUAAAAUUAGAGCACUUAAUACCUCUAGAUAGAUACUCAAAUAUGGAUAAGUUGAUAUCUAUACUUGCGAAAGUUCUGGAAUGCUGGCAUCGAUGGAAAGGGUUUAUAAACAAGUCACAUAGCUUUGAUAAGAAGGACCUCCGCUCUAUGGCUUUGACUCAAAUCAUCUCUAGGGAUCAACAAAUAAAUUUUCCAGAUGUUAUUGACUAUUUAAGUAGCAACUCUAAAACCAAGAUGGCUAUGCCUAAUUUGAUAUCACAAUUGAAUUUGUAUCCAGACACUAAUAAUUUAAUAAGAGUGAAUUGUAAAUUUAAUGAGAGGCGCAGUGUAACCAACCAAACUUAUCCUAUUCUUUUAUCAAGAGAGAGUACUCUAACAAAACUUAUUAUAUUGGAUGAACAUUUGCUUUUGAAACAUGCUGGUUGCUAUGCCCUUUUGACAGAAUUACGUAGGAAAUUCUGGAUACCAAAAUUCUUCUCUACAGUUAAGAGGAUUCUGAAGGAAUGUGUUGUAUGCCGGAGAUAUAACCAAAGACCUGUCAAACUUAAUCAAUCAGCCUAUAGGGAAUUUAGAUUGAGUCCAUCUGAUAAACCCUUUGGUAAUGUAUACCUUGAUUAUUGUGGUCCAUUUUAUGUGAGACAAGGGAAAGAUAAAGUCAAGGUUUGGAUCCUUGUUAUUUCAUGCAUGUUCACACGAGCAGUUAAUCUUAAGAUCUGUAUGGAUAUGACAGUGGAAGAAUUUUUGCGUGCUUUGUCACUGCAUUCUUUUGAAUAUGGAGUCCCUCAGUUUAUAGUAAGUGAUUUGGGUACGCAAAUAGUAGCAGGAGCCAAUAUUGUUCAGGAUUUCCUGAAGGAUGCUGAGACUGUUCAGUAUUUAACUGAUAAUAACGUUGAGAAAGUCCAUUUUCAGCAGUACUAUAAGGGUUGCAGCCAGCUUGGAGGAUUGGUUGAGAGCGUAGUCAAAAUGACCAAGCAUAUGAUACAGAACUCAAUCAAAAAUUCAAAAACAUUCUAA